AUGUUAACUACCAUCACUUUGCAAUUCCUUUCAGCACCUAUUCUGCAGCUUUUUUUUUUCCUGCGAGUAUUCCAUUUUAUAGUAUGGUUCUUUUGCUCGGUCAGGCUGUGGGUAGAUGUUUUAGUCUUAGGUUGGAAGAGCUCAUCUCAGACUGUCUUCAGCAGAAUACACAUAAUGAUGCACUUCAGAUUGAACUUGCAAAACAUCGAGAGCAGAAUGAGACUUUAGAGAGAGUAAUUGAUAAGUUUUAUGGGAUCAGGCAGCAUGUUUUUGGGGAAUUGGAGGAUAUAAGUUGGGACGAUAAAUGUGCCUGCCUCUUGAAUGAUCCUGCAGAAUCAUGGACUUUCAAUGAUUCUUCCACAGCCAAGUACAUUAGUUCACUGGAAGAAGAGCUAGAGAGAUUGAGGCGUGCAGUGGAUAAUCUUCAAAAUAAAUUAAGAAUGGGUUUGGAGAUAGAAAAUCAUUUAAAGAAGAGAGUUCGUGAAUUGGAGAAGAAAAGAAUAGCUUCAGACAAUAUGAUCUUAAACAAAAUUACAGAAUUACGCCACUACCAUUCUCAGCAUAGGAUUCAAAUCAUAAAUUUGUUAGAUGAGGGAAGAUCCCAUGUCAAAUGGAUUGUUGACGAGUUGGUAGCAAAAUGCAGGCAGCUUGAGAUGAAAGGGCAAAAUUUGGAGCCUACUCACAGUGAUGUCAAACUACCUGGAUGCAAACAUCGAGAUGUAAAUUUGGGGAUGCCUGACUUAACCUCAGAAGCCCU